GUCAAACCAAUGUACACACUUUUUAAGUAUGGGAAAAUCCAACAGUAGUGUCAACUGAAAAAAAAAAAAAAAAGUACUGUAACUGCUAAAAAUGGCUGAGGGUACAGUGAAUCAAUCAGAAAAAAUGGUGCAUCCAGCAGUUAAACCUUUAACUGAACUUCUUGGUACCUGGAAAGGUGAUGGAGAAGGCUUUUUCCCUACUAUUUCUUCCUUCAAUUACUCUGAAGAACUCCAAUUUUCUCAUUCUCCUAACAAGCCUGUGAUAGCUUAUUCUUCAAAGACAUGGAACUUGAAAUCCGGACAACCUAUGCAUUCCGAGAGCGGAUACUGGAGACCUAAACCCGAUGGGACCAUUGAAGUCGUCAUUGCUCAGAGCACUGGUCUUGUUGAAGUCCAGAAAGGAACAUAUGACAUGAACGAGGGAGUUGUGAAGCUUAAAAGCGAACUGGUUGGCAAUGCUUCAAAGGUCAAGGAGAUAACUCGAGUUUUUAAACUGGAGAACGGUGAACUAUCUUAUGUUGUGGAAAUGGCCACCAAUCUAACUGCUCUUCAGUCCCAUCUCAAAGCCUUGCUUAAGAAGCUCUAGGCAGCCAGCUCAUGACAGGAGAUAUCAGUACCUAUACUACAUCUCUGACGCACUUGUUGACUAAUGUUUGUGUGUACUGACAUUUUAUCUCGUCUUACCAGAAGUAUGAUAUGAAUGUUAAUUUUAAGAUAAAACUCUAUUCCUUCUGUAAUAAUACAAAAUUUCAGUUUCCUAUCUUUUAACUGCUA